AUGGAGAAACAGAUUGCUGGUCAUGUCAUUGGUGUUCCUGUAAGCUCAGCAGCAUACACAUCUAGGAGGUCACCAAAAGGAUAUCUACUUGACACUGCUAGCCAAUAUCUUGCUCAGUGUCCUUCGUAUGCAUCUACAAAAUUGGGAAAGAGUAAAAGGGAUUCGGUGAUGGGUAGAAUGAACAAACUAGGCGAAAAAGUGGACAGUAUCGCAAAAAGCAUCCGUGAGCAUGUGAGAUUGGGGCCCAAAUUAACUGAAACAAUGAAGGGGAAGUUGAAGUUGGGAACAAGAAUCCUUCAAGUUGGUGGUGUGGAGAAAGUGUUCAAGCAGAAUUUUAGCGUUAGACCAGGAGAGGAGCUUCUCAAGGCUUCGCAAUGCUAUUUAUCAACAACAGCUGGUCCUAUAGCAGGCCUUCUCUUUAUCUCUACUGACAAGCUUGCCUUCAUCAGUGAAAGACCAAUCAAACUCUCUUCUCCAACANUGGAAGAAGGAAACGAAGAUUGA